AUGCCGAGGUCCGCCUUGUCAAUCAUCUCCUUUUGUCACUGGCUGGGCAAACAGGAGAGAAAACGGAGCUUCGUGGGAAGCAGUCGCAACAGUUGGUCCCACACGCCAUUCCCCAAGUUAGAGCUGGGCCUGGGGUCCUGGCCUGCGGCGCCCCGGGAGCUUCCUGCCUGCUCCAUCUGCCUGGAGAGGCUGCGGGAGCCCAUCUCGCUGGACUGCGGCCAUGACUUCUGCACGCGGUGCUUCAGCACGCACCGUGUCCCCGGCUGCCAGCCAGCCUGCUGCCCCGAGUGCCGGAAGAUCUGCAAGCAGAAGAAGGGCCUCCGGAGCCUGGGGGAGAAGAUGAAGCUCCUGCCGCAGAGGCCUCUGCCCGCCGUGCUGCAGACAUGUGCUGUGAGGGCUGAGCCACUGCUGCUGGUGCGAAUCAACACCUCUGGAGGCCUGAUCCUGAGGAUGGGGGCCAUCAACCGCUGUCUGAAGCACCCCCUGGCCAGGGACACCCCUGUCUGCCUCCUGGCUGUCCUGGGGGAGCAGCACUCAGGGAAGACCUUCCUCCUCAACCACCUGCUCCGGGGCCUGCCAAGCCUGGAGUCAGGGGGGGGCGGCUGGCCGAGAGGAGGAGGGUCCCUGCAGGGGUUCAGGUGGGGUGCCAACAGCCUUACCAGGGGCAUAUGGAUGUGGAGCCACCCUUUCCUGCUGGGGAAGGAGGGGAGGAAGGUGGCCGUGUUCCUGGUGGACACAGGGGACGCCAUGAGCCCCGAGCUGAGCAGAGAAACCAGGACCAAGCUCUGCGCCCUCACCACGAUGCUGAGCUCCUACCAGAUCCUCAACACCUCCCCGGAGCUGAAGGAUACAGACCUGGAAUAUCUGGAGAUGUUUGUCCACGUGGCCGAGGUGAUGGGCAGACAUUAUGGGAUGGUGCCAAUCCAGCACCUAGAUCUCUUAGUUCGUGACUCAUCCUACUCCAACAAGGCAGGGCUGGGCCGCGUGGGUGACAUCAUCCAGAAAUCCUCCGGCAAAUACCCCAAGGUUCAGGAGCUGCUCCAAGGGAGGAGAGCCCGCUGUUACCUCCUGCCCACCCCAGGGCGUCGGUGGGCAAGCAAAGGCCACGGAAGCCCCUGCGACACAGAUGACGAUUUCGGCCACCUCUGUGCCUACGUGGCGGACGUGCUGAGCGCAGCCCCCCAGCACGCCAAGAGCCGCUGCCCGGGGUACUGGAGCGAGGGCCGCCCCGUCGCCAGGGGGGACAGACGCCUGCUCACGGGGCAGCAGUUAGCUCAGGAAAUCAAGAACCUCUCGGGCUGGAUGGGGAGGACCGGGCCCGGGUUCGCCUCCGCGGACGAGAUGGCCGCCCAGCUGCACGACCUGAGGACGGUGGAAGCUGCCAAGAAGGAGUUCGAGGAGUACGUGCGGCAGCAGGACGCGGCCACCAAGCGCAUCUUCUCGGCGCUGCGGGUGCUGCCCGACACCAUGCGCAACCUCCUGUGCACCCAGAAGGACGCCGUCCUGGCCCGCCACGGGGCGGCCCUGCUGUGCAAGGGCAGAGAGCAGACCCUGGAGGCCCUGGAGGCCGAGCUGCAGGCCGAGGCCAAGGUCUUCAUGGACUCGUACACCAUGCGCUUCUGUGGCCACCUGGCCGCCGUGGGGGGCGCCGUCGGGGCCGGGCUCAUGGGCCUGGCGGGCGGCGUGGUGGGCGCGGGCAUGGCCGCGGCCGCGCUGGCUGCGGAGGCCGGGAUGGUGGCGGCUGGCGCUGCGGUGGGGGCCACGGGGGCUGCGGUGGUCGGGGGCGGCGUGGGCGCCGGCUUGGCUGCCACCGUGGGCUGCAUGGAGAAGGAGGAGGACGACAGGGUGCAGGAAGGGGACCGAGAGCCCCUGCUGCAGGAAGAGUGACCAAAGUGGGGAAGAGAUGCCAGGUGGGAGGGAAGGAGGUGCGGGAGGGGAGGGGUUGGGGGUGGUA